AUUCAACAGCUUUGCUUCUGUCACACACACACACACCCGCUCUCUUCUCGUUUUCUUUCUGAUCUUAUACCCAACUCGUUCGUCUCACUGACUAUACCCACAUCUCAAUUCUUCUUUUUUUCAUUUAACAUGCUUCACAAUAUGACUUCCACUUCUCGUCCAAAAUCCCUCAAAUGGGCAAUGCCACGCGACACUCCCAAAAAAUCGGGUCGCGUCCAAAAACGCAAAUCCGCACCUGGUGGAACCCUCCCUUCCAAAUAUACCAAAGAUAAAAAACAAAAAACACCUGCUACUGAAAUCGAACGAUUGGAGAACGAACUGUCGUUUACCUACGACACCUUGGCUACCAUCAUGGUUCAUUACGAAAGCGUAUGCAAUGCUUAUUCGGCCGGAAAACCCCAACUGGAAAAAUCAAGCCAUCCCAACCAGCUUUGCGACAUGGAAAAAGAAUUGCUCGCGGCUUACGAUGAUCUGCAUUUACAAAUCACCCACCUCGAACGGAAGGUCGUGAAAUUGGAGAACAAGAUCAAGGAACUUCGAUCGGUACCUGCACCGACGCCACAGGCAUCGCCCUAUUCAGUCACCGAAUCGAUCUCCUCCCCUUCCACUGUUUCCUCCGUGUACGACUCGCCCUUUUUUGUCGAUGAAUGCUUGUACUCAAUGCAGCCCAUGCAGCCCAUGAUGAUGCCAAUGGAAUUCCUGCCCCAGACAAUGUUGGAUCCAGCUCUUUACAUGUCUUCUUGUGCCGUCGCUUCGAAUUGUGCAGAAAUGCCCAUGUAUUAUUCUUGGCCAUCAUAUGCUCCUUCCUUUUACCCUGCUCCUGAGCCAGCCGAUUUCUGCGAUUCGUACCCCUUUGAGACCUUGAUUUACGAUCAUCCUUCCUUGAUCCCGUAAACUUUCUUUCUGUCCUUGUAUAUUCCCUUUUGUUUUUCUUUUUCAUCAUGUUUUCUGCUAUAGAUAACCUAUUUGUAUGUAUAUCAUCAUCAUUAUCAUUGGCCAAUACCGUGUAUUCCUAUGUACUUAAGCAUCAUCUGUUCCAUUACUUUCAUUUUUUUUCUCAUCCAUUUCAUUCAUCGAUCUCUCUCCCCAAACCCCCUUUGUAUGCCCGCUGAGAUUUAACUAUGCUCUUUAUGACGCCUGAUGUAUCCAUGCACCAAACUCUAUUUUUCUUACUCAUUUAUGACAUAUAAAGAACUGGUUUUACCUUUUCGGGAGAAAAGGGAGGAAAUCUAAAAACUGUCUUCACAAUUUAUUUUUUUACUUGACUUUGAUGACUGUCAUCGGUUAUGAAUUUUAACGAUCGACUUUUUUACACAUCUUUUGUUGUCAUUAAACAAGAAGCAACUCAAAACUGACGCGAUUUUGCC